AACAUUUUUCUAGCGUUCUUCCUUUUACUCUUGCUACUGGCUGACUACACUCCUCGAGCUGCUGCCUCUAUUCCACUGAUAGGAGGUUUCUUCUGUUUGAGCAUGAUCAUGAUCACCUUGUCGACGGUGCUUGCGUGCAUCUCAGCCAACAUGUUCUUCAGAGGAGUUCGCACCAACAGGGCUCCGCGAUGGCUCAGAUCUUGUAUCAUCGAUGGACUAGCCCGAGUCAUGUGCGUGCGUGACUCCUUCCUGGAGCCUCGGUGUGACGUGACGACGCCGCGGAAGACGUGGUCGACCUACGUCAGCACGUACCGCAGCUGCUCAGACCCAGAGACGCUGUGCGCCAAGGUGAGCCUGCUGGAAGUGGACAACAGCCACAUGGACUCCAAGACGGAGCUGCACGACAACGAGCUGGAGGAGCUUCUCAACGACAUGACGGGCGAGGAGGACGCCGCGGAGCUGCUGACGGAGGUGGGGGCCAUCAGGGAAGCCAUGGCGCGCGAGCAGGAGGCGCGAGGAACGGACGACGCCAAGAUGCAGCACAUCCGGGAAUGGCACAUGAUUUCUUGUGUCGUCGACCGCCUCUUCUUCGCCCUCUACGCCGUCGUCAACUUGAUGGGCAUGUUGGUGAUGCUGAUUCGUUGGUUAAUCAAUGAGUAGAGGAGAGGAUGUUAAGGUGUUGAUGCAACUAUAAAUCGCUUUUUAUUUUCCUCGAGGAAUUUAGUGCAUUUCUUCCCACAAGCCAAUACGUGGUCACGUGAUGAAUGUGUGCGUGUGUGGUAGGUACGGGUAUGUGUCUGUGUGUGAAUAAAUGUACACGUAUGAGUAAUGGAUCUACCUGAUGUAGUUUGAACUAGAGGUGAAGGAAAGACCUUAAAGCGUGUUCCAUGUUACUAGGUAUGAUUAGGGCAGUAUAUAUCGACACAUUUAGUGAAAUAUAUCAUGCAAGCACUAAAACACACACACAAACAUUUUUGCAUGAUCAUCAUGUAGAACCCGAAUUCAUCUUGGCAUACACUGUGUCCAUUGUAAACACUUUCUGAUUGUUGUGUUUGACCCUUAGGUACAUUGAUGUCAAAUCUAUGCAAUGCACACAUACCCUAAAGCAAAGGCUGACAGUUGUACUGCUGUCUUCCUGUCUUCAUCUGUGUCUUAAGGCAGAUGGACAGAACAGAAUUCAAAAUUUUCGUCGUUUUCCUUAACUACAAGACAGCUUUUAUUUGCCAAUACAAGCACUGAUAAGUUCAUCUGUCAAAUAUUCUAUUUUAACUGAAAGGAUGGAUAUCAUGAGUUUGUAUUUAAGUACCCUUUACAAACUUUACAUAUGAUGAACUGUUGCAAAUUUUCGGUGCAUUAUUUUCUACCUUGCUUGACUUUCUGUAUUUCUUUAUUUUUGCUAUUCUGUCUUUCACUCACUCGUAACGAAGUCAUGUAUUUUUUUAAUCAUUGUGAUAAGCUAGACACGUUUUCAGGUAUACUUUACUAGCAAUUAAUUAUAAAUAUUUAUUAUAUAUAUAUACUCACACUUAUUUAACAGGGUAAUAUAGAUUAGUAGUGGCAUGUACUUUGAACAGCUUGUAUUUAAUAAGGGUACUUUAUAAUAUGUGCAUACUUUGAACUUUUAAUUGUUAAUUGCCACGAUAGUCUGAUUUCAUUUUUCAACUGUUGUCUUAUAUUUUUAUUGGUAACUUGUAAUGAUUUACUGAUUUAUUUAUGGCAAAUACACGCAUAAUCUUGUUGUACUACGGCUCUCUUUGUAAAGAAAAAAUGAAGAUACAGCAAAAUGUUAUGUGUAUGAAAUAAAAACU